UCCGGCAUCUCCCCGUGGAGUAGCGUUCUGCUCGCGCUUGAUGCGGUAACCUGCUUAUUGUCUCCCGAGGCUACAGAAACGCUCGCGCCUCAUCCGGGAAACUCAGCCAAGUCAUCACGGUACGUCCAGCGGCUCUGGGAGCUUUUCAGCGUGGCUUUCAAUAACUUCCACGCGUUAACACAUGUCUGGUUAGAGCGGAGUGUGUCGUAACGUUAGCUUAAGGAGCAAAGGUCUCGGUUAAAGCUGAUAACGUUACUCUGGUGCCCCGACAUUCGCCAGUAGUUCUCGUGCCUUCUGUCUCGAGCCAUCAUGAAUUUCUUCCUGGAUACCCUCCGAGUCAUCCUACUAUCCAUCUGGUACAAUGUGGAAUCAUUCGUCCACCUCUUCGUGCCCAGAAGGAAGAAGAACAUAUCUGGGGAGGUGGUGCUGAUCACGGGGUCCGGUAGCGGGAUCGGCCGCCUCAUGGCCCAGGAGUUCGCGGCUCUCGGCACUGUGCUGGUGCUGUGGGACAUCAACCAGGACGGGAUGAAGGAGACGGCCAGGCUGGCCAAGCAGAGCGGAGCCAGCAGUGUCCACCACUACCUGUGUGACUGCAGCGACAAGAACGAGGUCUACAGAGUGGCUGACCAGGUGAAGCGAGAGGUGGGCGACAUCAGCAUUCUGGUGAACAACGCCGGCAUCGUGACUGGCAAGAAGUUCAUGGAUGCUCCUGAUUCCCUGAUUGAAAAGACAGUGGAGGUCAACACCAUGGCUCACUUCUGGACCUACAAGGCCUUCCUUCCCGCCAUGAUCGCCAACAAUCACGGCCAUCUUGUCAGCAUUUCCAGCUCCGCUGGACUCAUAGGAGUCAAUGGAUUGGCAGACUACUGUGCCAGUAAGUUUGCGGCAGUAGGUUUUGCAGAGUCUGUGGGUCUGGAGCUGCUGGCUACUGGGAAGGAUGGCAUCAAGACCACCAUCGUAUGCCCGUACUUCAUCAACACUGGAAUGUUCGACGGCUGUCUAACCAAGUGGCCGACACUGCUGCCAAUCCUCAAUCCAGAGUAUGUGGCCAAGAAGAUCAUCCAUGCUGUGCUCACAGACCAGGUCUUCCUUCUGCUGCCCAGGAGCAUGUACCUCAUCACUGCUCUCAAAAAUGCUGUGCAGUGGAAGCAGACCUACCUCCUCGGCUCUUACCUGGGAAUGUCAGUCCAAGUGGACGGCCACACUGACACCAGUCAGCACCACAAGUUGCACUAGUGCACGCUUUGCGUUUCUUCUCUUUCACAACUAAUACUGCAGCCGCCAUCGGGGCUGGAGUGGGAAACUUUGUUAUAGGGCAAGCCCACUUGACAUUCAAUCACUAGGGCUGACUAGUAGCACUUUAGUUAUUACUAGUUCGAUGUCAAAAUGUCAAAUGUAUUUGAUAUCUGUAUAACAAUUUGACAUAUCGCAAUAUAUUUUCCCAUUUAGAAAUUACAUUUUGACUAGUCAAAAGUGAUUUACAGAUAUCUUUUAGUUAUGAUUAAGAAUAAAGAUAUCUACACUUAAUUCCAAAGCAUUGUGACGUUUCAAAAUGUAAUUUGUAACCCAAAUCACCUUAAUAAUUCUACAAUGACUAUACGGAAAUUCCUUUUUUGACAUUUAAAUUUUGAUUAAUAUAUGCACAUAUUAUUUGUAAGAUUAUCAUUUCCACUUGUAUUUCUGAUAUAUGAAUUGUAAUUAUACGAGACACGAGUUAGCAUUCCAAGCUGGCAUUAAUUAUUUAAUUUUAAGAAUUGAGUUGUACAUAUCAUUAAUCCCCGCCUUGGCCCAAUGUCAGCUGGGAUCGGCUCCAGCGCCCCGCCACCCUAAAUGGGAUAAGUGGCUUGGAUAAUGGAAUUUCAUUCAUCCGAAUUGCAACUAAAAUAUCAUAAUGGAUAUGUCGUUUUGGAAUGUCAAAAUUGAAUUUUAGAAAUCUGUAAUUGAGUUGGUAAAAGUUGACUAGUUUUUAAUUGCUUAACGAUAUCUAUAAUCAACAUUUCAGAGAGAGAGAGAGAGAGAGACCAGUUAUCUUGCUUCACAAAAGCUUCUACAGGUGUGAGGAUGUUUUUCAUAUACAGUAUCAACUGAGUAAGCCAAAGGCUAAACUAAAAUGCUCCAAAUGAAUGCGCCGUGUUGGUCAACUGUCCCUGCAAAGGCAAAUAUUGAGUGAUGUGAAGUGUUUAAUAAAGAUUGUUUAUUUUUUCAUGAAUCUGAAUGCGUGUUUAUAAUCUAGUAGUCUGUAGCACUCCCAUCACUGAGGCUAGUUUGAAGUAGGGCUUGGCAAAAUGGCCCAAAUCUUCUUUUCACGAUGCACUUUAACAUGAUUUCACAAUAUAGCAUGUUUUUGGGUAAUAAAUCAAGAAAUAGACUAUCAAAUAUCCACAUGGUUGUGUAUACUCGGGUGUGAAUUAUAUAUUAUUAUGAAAAGUACAGAGUUUCUUUCUCUAUUAAGAACUUAUAAUGAUCAGAUUUUCUUAGAAACUUGAGUCUGUAUCUAUUUAGAUGCUGUUAUUGUCAUCACAAUAUCUCAAAACGUAUAAUUGUGAUUCAAUUCUAUUGAAAUACCAUAUAUUAUUAUUUUGAAUUAUCACCCAGUCCUAAUGUGAAUUGACUUCUGAAUGAGCGUCACCUUGUAAUGAUUCUAUAAUUGUAUACCUUAACAAGUUGAAUAAGGCAAACGGCUUACUCCGCCAUGCCACAGAUGUUCGUUAACGAUUACGUUGUGAUCCUACUUGGAUCUGUCAGGUUAGGAUAUUUAAAGAAAUCACACCCAUUUGUAUACAUCAACAGGCAAACCAGCUCUUUGAUGGCAGGUAUGUUUAAUCCACAAAUUAUAAAAACGAUGAUAAAACAUCCAAAACAAUAUCAAUUAUGUGUCAUCCAGCUAACUGAGGGUUGCGACGUCUCCCGGAGCUGCUGCCAAUGUGCUCCUGGCGAAGCAGCGGGAGGGCGGGAGUCUUUGUUUGUUCCACUUUGGAUUUCAUCCAAUAAACAAACAUUCAAAAUGUACAAGGACCCUGGAUGUGUCACACUGUCUCUUUGUCCCCACAUGGUGGACUGAGGACAGACUGGAUGCUACAGUGACUAUCGCCUCCCGAGGUACAAGUGGUACUACAGGAUGUGCAGGGGCCAGCUGGUUAGCAUGCUUAUAUCAGUAGAUCUCUCUGCAUCACAAUAUGGAGACGUCUUUGUAAUAAAGUCAACCCUGUAACCUCUUCACAUUCUGUUGAUCAUGCUAGAUCAUUUUUGCAUUGUUUUUAACUCAAAUUAUUGUUGCAUCUUACACAUUGCACCUUUUUUAAAAUGGCUAAAUGUCCAAUGGCAUCUGAUGUGGAUAAAGAUGCUGCAGUUAUUCUCAAAAGAAGGCUUGAAGAGAACUACAGUAGGCCUCAUUGCCUACUUCCCCUAGUCGUCAGUCAAUGCAAACAGCGAUCGUUUACCGGUUGUCUUGAUAAAUUCAGUAUAAUGCCCGCUUCCACAGAACUAAUCCCAUCACUACAGUAGUGUCCGACAUCCCACCUCGCCCUUAUAGGCUUUUUAAUGUGAAAUAAGCAUCCGGUGCUUUUGUUGAUGGUAGCUUAACAUCGAUCAGGAGUGCGGUAAAGAUACUGGCCUCCAUUAAGGGAUAAAUAAUCCAUAUUACUGAGCCUUUCUCCUGCAGUUUGACCUUCAGGAGACGUUGUGUUCAUAAAAACGGCAUUUCCCCAGUUCCAUCCAUCUGUGCUUUUACAGUGCAGAAAAUACAUCUGGCUGCUGACAUUGACUCACAUUCUCAAGCAUCAAUACAAACCAAUAGAUCCCACAUCCUGCUUUCAAAGCAGCCAUGAGCACCGUUAUGGCACAACUGUGCGUAGGCAGUUUGGAUAAGUCCUCAUUUAUCAAAGCGUGACCUGAGGCCAUCUCAGCUGGACCUUUUCUUUGACUUCAUCUGUGUGCAGUGAUUCACUGGGCGGUGUAAGGGCAGUGUGGUGGACCUUUUUCAAUUAACACUUUCAAAAGCCUUUCCCUUUAAUCUAUUAUUCUUUUCUAAAUGCCGUUUUUGUUUGUUUCCCUCAUUUUUAUUUUGUACACAUUUAGAGAUCAGGUUAAUUUAGUGUUACAAUCUUUUAUCACAAGUAGAGGGGAAGUAAACAGAAAGGAGACUAAUUGAACGCAACCUACCCAGAGCCUAUGACUCACAAAACUACACAACAAAAUAUGAAUAACAGACCAAUCUCGGCAUGUAUAGAGUAAAUGAAUAAAAACACAUAGGAAUCCUGGAUGCUUCUAGUGAAAGAUAGAGGCUGAGUGAGCAAACAGUUCGGCCCAGUGAGUGCAGAAUAUUAGAGUAUGUAAUGUGGAUGCUGGCAAUCAGUGAAAGCAUAUGGGUCUGGAAGCUUUCUCGUGUGUGUGUGUGAUGAGGAACAUGAGCUGGAGCCAGUGGCUGAGGCUCUGUAUGUAUGAAUUCCCAGAUCUGUACAUUAUUAUUACAUUAUUCAAUUCAAUCCAGUUUAUUUUGUAUUGCCUAGAAUCACAAAUUACAAAUUGGCUUCAGAACCCUUCAGGAGAGGAACAGAGGAAGAUCCCUCUCCCCGGAUGGACAGAUGAAUAGAUGUCAUGUGACCAGAUGAACAGUUACAACACAUUACGGUUAACAUUGCUAUGUUGACGGAACAGAAUGUCGUUCUUAGUCCAAGUUGACAUCGAAUGCCAUUGAGGGUAUA